AUGGCUUCCGUUGUGCGUCCUGCGCUUGCUUCGACCGCUUCCUCCGCCAACGUUUCGCAGCAUCUCGUCGUGUCCGGCAAAUGCUCCUGCGUCCUUCCCUCCGCGGUACUGUGCUCGCGCCCCUUUCCUGACACGUCAGCCGUUUGCGCCGACGGCAGAAGAUCCACGAGCAUCAGCCGCAGCGCGUCGUCGACGCAUGUCUCUUCCGCCAGUCUCCGCUCGAAGCGCCAGUCAUUUUUCGGCGGGGCGCUCCCCGUGCGGAACAUCGUGUCCGCCGGAAGCGGCGCGCAACGACCAACGGUGGAGAUGAGCUUCUCGCCGCACGGCAUGGGAGCUAACAACCAGCAGUUCGACGACGAGGAGUAUCUCGAGGCGCACGUCAUGGAUGCGGUGCGCAUGGCGCCGCAGCAGGAGCGGCUGUACAUGACGAUGGCGGACGGCACGGAGAUCGAGGUGGAGCACGUCAACCCCAGCGCCGGCCGCCUGCUGUACCCGCACAGCACGCCCGCCAUCUUCGUCAAGGUCGCCGGCAACAGCGGGCUGCUGCUGCCCAUCGUCGUCGGCGAAUUGGCGGUGGGAUUCUUGAUGAAGGGAUUUCGCAAGGAGCCAGGGGCGCGGCCGUGCCACUACGACGUGAUGCGCGACAUGGUGGAGUCGCUCAACUACGAGGUGCGCACCGUCAAGAUCACGCAGCGCGUCAUGGACACGUACCUCGCGCGCAUCUUCCUCGCGCAGCCCGACUCGCCGCACUGCGUCGCCAGCAUCGACGCGCGCCCCUCCGACGCCAUCAAUCUCGCCAUCCGCGCUCAGGUGCCCAUCUUCGUGUCCAAGAGCAUUGUGCGCAGCGACGCCGUGCGCGUGGUGGACGAGGCGCACCGCAUCGUGUCGCCGGGGCAGCCCUACUCCGCCGCCGCGCACCACGCCGUCUUCGGUUCCAACGCCGCGGCCGCCGGCCCUGAUAGGGGCGCGACGGACCUGCUGACGGAGGAGAUGGCGCUAACCAAGAGCCUCAUGGCGGCCGUGCAGGAGGAGAGAUAUGCCGACGCUGCGUCCCUGCGUGACAAGCUUAACCAGCUGCGCAACCGCAACCCCCGCCAGCUCAACAACAGGUUUUGA